AUGGAUAGUGCGCGCCCUAGAACCCGUACGCGAGAUGCCCGUGCCCAGUCGCCCGUGGAGUCGUCGUCGGACGAAUUGGCUGCGGGCUCCAAUCACCAAGAUACCGAGCGCCGACGAGCCAGCUGGACGGCACAGAAGAAUUUCACGCCACAACGCCCUAACCACCAGGAGAGACUAUACAGAGAGUCAGAUAGUCCUGAUGAACUAGCUGUCGAUGCCGAUGAGUACUGGCGCAGCUCGCGCAGUCGCCGCAGCCCUUCACCGAUCAACCGUCCCGCCGAUUCGAGCAGCAAUGAACAAUCCCAUGGCGAGUCUGAUGCUCUUUCGGAGGACAGGAUGCAUAACGGCGACGAGACCGACGUCCCUAUGCAUGACAACAUGUCUGACCGGUCUCCCACACCUGUCCCUUCAGUUGAGGCACCUCACAAGCCCGAGCGACUGAACUACAAGGAGAAGUUUGUGCUUCGGGGCCAUUUGCGCAGCGUGUCUGCGGUGCAGUUCUCGCCGGAUUGCUCGAUGAUUGCAAGUGGAGGUGCCGAUGCUGCCAUUAAGGUCUGGGACACCUUGACCGGCCAGUUGAUCUACACAUUUGAGGGCCACCUUGCCGGUAUCUCUACGCUUGCCUGGAGCCCUGAUGGGCAGUGGAUUGCGUCCGGCUCCGAUGACAAGACAAUUAGGUUCUGGAACGUCAACACUGGCCGAGCCCACACGAAGACAUUUGAAGGCCACCACAACUACGUUUACCAAAUCGCAUUCGCACCCAAGGGUAAUAUUCUCGUCAGCGGCUCCUACGAUGAAGCUGUCUUCAUAUGGGACGUACGCCGAGCACGUGUUAUGCGCUCCCUCCCCGCUCACUCCGACCCGGUCGCCGGCAUCGAUGUCGUCCACGAUGGCACCCUGAUCGUUUCCUGUGCACUGGAUGGGCUUGUCCGUGUCUGGGACACGCAUAGCGGCCAGUGCCUAAGGACCCUCGUGCACGAAGACAAUCCACCUGCGACUUGCGUCAAAUUUUCUCCCAAUGGGAAAUACAUUCUAGCAUGGACUCUGGACGGAUGCGUGCGCAUGUGGAACUACGUUGAGAGCCGCGUGAUCAAAACCUUCCAGGGCCAUGUCAACAAAAAGUACAGUUUGUCGGGCUGCUUUGGAUACUACGGUCCGUCGGACGUCAAACAUAAUCCGCCUUUGGCUUUCGCCGUGAGCGGCAGCGAGGACGGUGCCAUCCUCUGCUGGGACAUAGUCAGCAAGAAAAUUCUCCAGCGAAUCGAGGGUCACACCGAUGUCGUUGUAGGUGUGCACACGGGCAAGCUCAAGCAUGGCACGCGCAUGCUAGUCAGUUGUGGACUCGACAAGACCGUGCGGGUCUGGGAGGAAGCCCGGGAAAGUCAGUGCCAAGAUGGGGUUCCUUAG